GUGAUGCUGUGACCAGGUCUGCCCUGGCCAACAAGGCCUGUGACCACCAAGGGCGUGUGAUCAUCAAAGCCUGUGACCAGCCUGUGACCAUAAAGAACCUGUAAACAUCAAGGCUUCGAAACAGCUUGUAACCUCCUCGAGUCUGUGACCACUAACCCCCUGUGACGAGCCUUUAACCCAUCAAGGUUCUGUGAACACUGAGGCCUGUGAUCUACUUAUAUCACCAACUAUCUGGCCCAUGUGACUGUCCUGCCAGAGUGACGCCUGCAAACAGAGGCUGUGAGGCUUGUGAUCCAGUCUUCUAGAUUUGGGAAGAAACUGUGCAUGUGGACUGGGCAGAGGACGCCAAGACCCAGCAAUGUCUGAGUCCUGUGUGAAGAAACUGUCCACCAUCCUGCUGGAUGCCAUCACCGACAAGGACCCGCUGGUACAGGAGCAGGUGUGCAGUUCCCUGUGUGCCCUGGGCAAGGCCCAGCCUGAGGAGACUCUCCGUGCCUGUGAGGAAUACCUGCGGCAGCGGGAGAAGCUGGCACAUCCAUACCGGACAAUGAUCCUAAGGGCCAUGGAGACGGUGGUGAGCAGUCACAUUGGUGAGAUGGACAAGGACCUAGCCAAGGCUGUGAUCUUCCUGGCCACCAGCGAGAUGACCAGGGUGAAGGAGCUGGUGAGUGACUGGCAGCAGGCUGCCAGUGGUGUGCUGGUGGCCAUGGGGCGGCGCUUCGUGGGCAAGGUGAUGGAAGAACUGCUGCCAAAGUUUCAGCCUGGCAUCCUGCCACACUGCUCCGUUGUGCAGACUCUGGCCAACCUCUCCAUUUCCAAUGUGUUUGGCAUGGUCCCCUUCCUGCCGUCCAUCCUGAACGCCUUGCUGCCCAUGCUGAGCCUGGCCAAGCACGACUCCAUGCGAGUGGUGUUCUGCUGUGCUCUACAGCAGUUCAGCGAGAGCACUUUGGAGUACCUAGCCAAUCUGGACCAGGCCCCUGACCCGACAGUCAGGAAGGACACCUUUGCCAUUGACAUUACCAGCGCCUAUGACAUCCUCUUCUACCAGUGGCUGCAGAGUCGAGAGGCCAAGCUCCGGCUGGCUGUGGUGGAGGCCUUGGGACCAAUGAGCCUCCUGAUGCCCAGUGAGAAGUUGGAGGAGCAGCUGCCCAAACUCCUGCCUGGGGUUCUGGUGCUCUAUAAGAAACACGCGGAGGCCUUCCACGUGUCCAAGAGCCUCGGUCAGAUCCUGGAGGCGGCUGUGAGCAUAAGCAGCCGUACUUUGGAGGUCCAGCUUGACGCUCUCCUGGCUGCUCUGCACGCACAGAUCUGUGUGCCUGUGGAGUCCUCUAGCCCCUUGGUGAUGAACAACCAGAAGGAAGUGCUGCGCUGUCUCACCGUGCUGGCUUGCUGCUCGCCGGACCGUCUGUUGGCCUUCCUGCUGCCCAAGCUGGACACCAGCAAUGAGAGAACGCGCGUGGGCACUUUGCAGAUCCUGAGGCACAUCAUUAACACGGCUGCGCCCCAGAUGGAAGUGAAGAAACCUUUCAUUCUCUCCUCCAUGAGGCUCCCUCUGCUGGAUACCAACUGCAAGGUCAAGCGGGCAGUGGUGCAGGUGAUCAGUGCGAUGGCCCACCACGGCUACCUGGAGCAGCCUGGAGGUGAGGCAAUGAUUGAAUACAUCAUGCAGCAGUGUGCACUGGCCCCUGAGCCGGAGCCUCAGAGAAAAACUUCUGACAGUAGUGAGGACCUCACAGCAGACAGUGUCCGGGCCAUCAGCAUCAACACCCUCUACCUAGUCAGCACCACCGUGGACAGGAUGAAUGAUGUGCUCUGGCCAUACCUGCUUGAGUUCCUCACCCCUGUGUACUUCACCCGUGCCCUGACCCCACUCUGCCGGAGUCUUUUGCACCUGGCUCAGAAGAGGCAAGAGGAAGACCCCCAUACUUUCCUCAUCCAGUACGAUGCCCACGUGAAUCUUCCAUCCCCCUAUGCCAUCACCACCCGACUUUUGGCUGUGUCCUGUAGUCCCUAUCUGGGCGAUGGCCGAGGGGCUGCCUCCUUGCGUCUCCUGAAUGUUCUGCAUCAGAACAUCCACCCUGCACUGGGCCAGCGUUGGGAAACCACAAUCCCCCUGCUGCUGCAGCACUUGGAUGAACACACUGAGGAAAGCCUGUCCCAGAAGGAUUGGGAGGAGAAGCUGUUGAUGUUCCUUCGGGACACGCUGGCUAUUGUAUCAGACAACACCUGGACCUGCCAGCUGAGCUUGGAGAUGUGCAAGCAGCUUCCCAACUACAAUGGAGCGCCACAAGAGAAGAACUUUCUGUAUAAGUGCAUUGGGACCACCCUGGGUGCUGCCACCAAUCCCGAGGUGGUCAGAAAACAGCUGCAGGACCUGCUGGAGACGGCCAAGUAUCAGGAGGAGGAGGAGCGUGAGGGCCUAGCCUGCUGCUUUGGGAUUUGUGCCAUGUCCCACCUGGAUGACACCUUGGCCCAGCUGGAAGACUUCAUCAAGUCAGAUGUGUUCCGAAAGUCUGUUGGCAUUUUCAGCCUUUUCAAGGAUCGGAGUGAGAACGAUGUAGAGAGAGUGAAGGGAGCGCUGAUUCUGUGCUAUGGGCAUGUGGCAGCACUGGCGCCCCGGGAGCUGGUGCUGCCCAAGGUGGAAUCCGACAUCCUCAGGAACAUGUUCCAAUACUUCAACACCAAGGUUCUGGGCAUAAAGGUAGAGACCAAGGACCCAACCCUGAAGCUCUGCCUGGUGCAGAGUGUUUGCAUGAUCAGCCAGGCCAUCUCCAGCAGCACCCAGGCUGCUUCCUUUCACUUUUCUCGGAAAGCAGAGCUGAUAACACAGAUAAUGGAGUUCAUUAAGGCUGAGCCCCCGGAUUCGCUGAGAACCCCCAUUCGGAAGAAGGCCCUGCUAGCCUGUACUCACCUGGUUUCCUUGGAGCCAGCUCUGGAAGAGACGAUGCUAGCGGACUUGAUCCAUGGCUGUCUGCACAGUGUCCUGGCUGUGCUGCCUGAACUCGAUGGGGAUGACCGUGGUGGUCAGGAGCUACUCUACUUGGACACCAUGCAUGCCUUGGAGGAUUUGCUGACAAAAAUCCUGCAGCAGAACUUGACCCCACAGGGCCUGCAGAUCAUGGUAGAGCAUCUGAGUCCAUGGAUCAAGUCUCCUCACAGCCACGAGCGAGCACGGGCACUGGGUCUGAGUGCCCACCUGCUGCAGCACUUUUUGGAGCAUCUGCGCGUCAGUGCCCUGGUGCCCUUCCACAACCUGGGCCUUCUCGUCGGCCUCUUUGCUCCACGGUGCACAGAUCUAUGUGCAGCCACACGCCAGGAGGCAGUGAGCUGUGUCUACUCGCUGCUGUACUUGCAGCUGGGCUAUGAGGGCUUCUCCCGAGACUACAAGGAUGAAGUGGCUGAGGGACUCCUCUUGCUCAAGGAUGCCCUUGCACAGCUCGACACCACAGACCCUGGCCUCCUCUUCCAUACAUCCCACAGCAUCGCCCAGGUCAUUGCAAAGCGCCUCCCUCCGGAUCAGCUUAUCAGCCUCCUGCUCACCUUGUUUGAGAGCUUAGGGGACCCUGAUGGAAACUGCUCCCGAGGAGCUGCAGUCAUGAUCAACUGCCUGCUGAAGGACCGGGGUGGAGUGCUUCUAGAGAAGGUGCCUGAAAUCGUGAUGGUGCUGCGUGCCAAGCUGCAGGAUACCCAGGAGGAACACGUUCUACAGGCUGCCCAGCACAGUGUGUACCUGCUGGCCUCCCAGCACCACGCUGCUGUGGUGUCCAGUCUCCUGAGCAGCCCCAUGCCCUUUGACAGCCACACCUGCACCCUGUGGCGUGCCCUGGCCGUGGAGCCCAGCCUCACUGCCCAGGUGCUAGGGCUGCUGCUGGAGAAGAUGGACAGAGAUGUCCCCUUCAAGGAGAGCCGCACCUUCCUGCUGAGCACGUCCUCCGACCGCGUGGCAACACUGCUGCCUCUCGCUGCCACCUGUGCACUGCAUGAAAUUGCGUCCACCCCAGCAUCCAAACCAGGAGUCCUGGAGUUAUACCCCCAGCUAUUCACUGCUCUCUUGCUACGUAUCAGUUGUACUGUGGGCGUACAGCUUCCCCGCAACCUGCAGACCAAGGAGCGGCGGAGCACUGGCUCAGGACUGGCUGCCAGGAGCCUGGAUCCAUGCAGGUUGGCAGUGAGCGCUCUGCAGUCUGUGCUGCUCAGAGCGGGCAGUGAGGAUGUGGUGCAGAUCAUGGAGCUGGAUGGGGGCUGGACGCUGCUCCAGACCCCUGGAGGUCAUGAGGAAGGUGUCACUCACCUGGCCAGUGCCAUGGCCAAGUUUGCAGGACCUCGACUGCCCUUGGUCAUAAAGACACUGCUGAGUAGCCAGAGCAGUGUGUACGAGGCCCAGAGGGUCACCUCCACGGCAUUCCUGGCAGAGCUGCUGAGCAGCAACGUGGUGAAGGACCUGAUGCUCCUGGACCUGCUGCUGGACAGUCUGACAGCCCGGCAGAAAGACUCAUGUGCUGGGGUGCGGCGGUUGGUUCUUCGAGGCCUGGCCAACCUGGCCUCCUGCUCUGGGGAGCAGGUACAAGCCCACGGCUCCCAGAUCCUGACAGCUAUGAUCAGCGGGCUGGAUGACAGGGACGACCCCCACAGCCUGGUGGCCCUGGAGGCCAUGAUGGGACUGGCGAGGCUCGUGGCCCUGCUGGCACCUGGGGACCUGCACUGCGUGCUGCUGCACAUCGCCAUCCGGAUCCGGCCUUUCUUCGAUAGUGAAAAGAUGGAGUUCCGAGCUGCCUCCAUCCGCCUCUUUGGGCACCUCAACAAGGCCUCCCACGGGGACUGUGAAGAUGUUUUCCUGGAGCAGGUGGUAGGCGGGUUGGUGCCCCUAUUGCUGCAUCUGCAGGACCCUCAGGCCUCUGUGGUCAGCGCUUGCAAGUUUGCCCUGUGCAUGUGCAGCUGCAACCUAGAGUGUGAGGAGCUGGCAGAUGUCUUCCAGAAGCAACUGCAGGAGGGCCGGAGCCUGCACUUUGGGGAGUUUCUCAAUACCACCUGCAAGCACCUGAUGCACCACUCCCCAGACCUGUUGCCGCGCCUGGUAAGCACCAGCCUGUUCUACUUCAAGAGCUGCUGGGAGGAUGUCCGUGCUGCAGCCCCCAUGCUCACUGGAUUCCUGGUGCUGCACGUGGAGCCCGAGCACCAGCCCCAAGUGGAUCUGGAACAGCUGGUUCUGGCACUGCAGCAGCUCCUGAGGGACCCAGCCCCUGCGGUGCGCGUGAAGGCAGCAGAGACGCUGGGCCGCCUGGUGAAGUUCGCCUGAGGCGCAGACCUUCUACAAGCAUCACCAGAUCUGGACCCUCCUGCAUGGAGCCAGAGGACAGGUUGGGGGCCAGCAGGGCAGGCUGAUGUGUCCCCUUCUUGUUUCAAUAAAGCCAUCUGUGUACCAGC